AUUACACAAGAGUGGAAGAACACUUGACACCAGUCCUGCCUCCCACUUUGAGUGACUUACAAUUACAAAGGGAAAGAUUGAAAUUAUUGGUAGUAAAACAACCCAUUAUCCCCUUCCUUUUGGCAACAACAAAACAAACCAAUGCAGAAUUGCAGAAUGCUGAAUAUCCCACCAAUAAUUACCAUUUCAACAUUUCCCAGAAUCAAAACUACCCAUUUUCAGCAAAUCAAUAAUAAACCCACUUCAAUUUUCUCAAAUCAUUAUCCCCAAAAACAAAUAAACUGCAAAAAAAACUGUUUUUAUUCCACCAAUUUCAUAUUCAGUUCCAUUUCCAGGGUAUUUUUGAAGUGGACAUUCUCUUGCUUCCAUGGAAAUCUCCCGAAAAUGGCUUCCUGUAUUAUCGUUGUAUACUUGUUUGUCCUUAGUCCGGAAGUUAAUGCCCAAGACCACUCAUCAUUUCCGGUGAGGUAUGCUUGUGAAGAUGUGAAAAGUUAUUACGCUAGCAUUGAUCAUUUAAAAGGUAAAGCCUUAAGCAGAAAAUUGAACUCGAUCAUAGCAGGGCAUCACUCAUUAUCAUACAAGAAGGUAUGGGAUGCUCUUGAAAUUCUUGAUGCUGCUGAUGUUGAUAAACCAGAAGCGUCACCGGUUAUAGUUGAAAUCUACUCGGCCCGAGUUGUUCCAAAGCUUCUAGCUGGAAAACCUGAAGGCUGGAACAGAGAGCAUCUCUGGCCUCGUUCGUAUGGGCUAAUGCAUAAGCCUUCUCUAACUGAUUUGCAUAACAUUCGUCCAGCUGAUGCUAACGUGAACUCAUCAAGAGGGAACAAGUAUUUUGGAGAGUGCCAAGUUGGAUUAACACACUGUAUGAGGCCUGCAAAUAAGGAAGCCGCUUCUGACACAGAAACAGAUAUGAAGAUUUGGGCACCACCGCAACGGGUCAGAGGGGAUGUUGCACGAGCAGUAAUGUACAUGGCUAUUCGAUAUGGGUUUCAUCAACCUGGUGAAGGUCCUGUUCUUCACCUAUCAGAUUCUCCAAGCAUGGUGAAGAAGAAGAUGGGACAACUCUCAAUUAUACUGAAAUGGAAUGAGUUAGACCCUCCAUCUAAAGAGGAAAAGGCGAGAAACGAAAGAGUAUGUAGGCUUUACCAGCACAAUAGAAACCCAUUUGUAGAUCAUCCAGAGUAUGCUAAUCUGAUUUGGAAUCAAAGUCAGAAAAGUUCUUCUAACACCUCGAAACUGUGGUCAUCCAUCCAGCAACUAGGACUCUGGAAAACAUAACAUUGAUACUGUUGUAUUGCGCGCUUGUACAGUUGUACGGGUACAGUAACUGUCAAUCUAAAUACUCGACUUGUUUGUGUGUUAUGGUGCAGUUUCUGUAUGAAAACAAGUUAGAGAAGUAUUAUUUCCCUUUCACCUCUUC